AUGACACUAGAUUUGACGACACUUGAUGCCCACGAGCAACCAUCAGACGAGCUCAAGAAGACGUGGAAAUCGUACUCCAGGACAGAGCACGCCGCAUUGCGACAUCACCCAGAUAUUGACGAUGUUCGGACUUCAGACGAGUUCCUUCUCAAAACGCACAUUCCAGCCGAAGUGCUGAAGGCUUCCUUCAAAGCACUGCAGGGCGAGAGCUUCGAUGAAAGCCAGGAGGUCCGAGAUGCGCCUGUAUACUACCAUCCGAUACUGCCAGGUCUCCUGGUUCUUCCAUCUCUAAUCCCGCCUAGCAUCCAGAAGGAUUUGCUUGAGCGCAUGAUACACAGAGACUUAAGCAAUCCCGUCCAUCAAACCAACCUCCAUCUGCACUAUGAGCUACCGUACAGGCACGGCGGUGACGCCACGGCCAGGUCCUUCUUCUCGUACCCCCCAGACGACAGCACGGAAUUCGUUCCUAAGGAUCCAAGUGUUCAUCGACCUCUCUCCAUCAAGCAAGUGUUACUACGCAAGCUCACUUGGGUGACUCUGGGUGGGCAGUAUGAUUGGACAAAUCGUUUGUAUCCUGAGCACGAAGUGCGUCCGGAUUUCCCAACAGACAUAGCCGACUUCCUCCAUACCCUCUUUCCCGAGACCGAUGCCCAGGCAGCCAUCGUGAACUUCUACACUCCCAGCGACACCAUGAUGAUGCAUCGUGAUGUCAGCGAGAAAACCGAUAAGGGCCUCGUCAGUCUGAGCAUAGGCUGUGAUGCGGUCUUUAUGAUCGCCCCCAACGACUACUCAGAUCUCCCCGACGGGCAAGGUGCUGGCCCAGGGAAUAAGCCAUACCUGCUUCUACGACUGCGAUCCGGAGACGCGAUUUACAUGACAAAGGAGUCACGAUAUGCCUGGCACGGUGUGCCAAAGGUGCUCAAGGACACAUGUCCUGACUUCCUCGCAGAUUGGCCAGCUGAGGGAGACAGAUUCCAGGAGUGGAGAGGCUGGAUGAAGAACAAGCGGAUCAACCUCAAUGUGCGGCAAAUGCAGGAGUAG